AUGACAGGAGCAUCAAAAGAAGUGACAGUACAACAGCAACUUACACCGCUCGGUAAUGCAGUAGCUGGCUCUUUGGGAGCCUUAUUAGCUCUGACUAUAACAUAUCCUUUGGAUAUUAUAAAAACAAGACUCCAAGUACAAUCAAAAAAUAUAUCAAGGGCACUAUCACAUCAUGAAUAUUACGAUUCAACAUUAGAUGCAAUAAUAAAAAUCACAUCGAAAGAAGGAAUAUUUGGAUUGUAUGCAGGUUUGCCAGCCGGGUUGAUUGGAGUAGCAUCAACUAAUUUUGCAUAUUUCUACUGGUAUUCAUUCCUACGUACAAAGUAUCAAGUAGCCAAAGGCACCACAUCAUUAUCAACAAUGUCCGAGUUAUUAGUGGGAGCAUUAGCAGGAGCCUUGGCACAAAUUUUCACAAUACCAGUUUCGGUUAUAACUACUAGACAACAAACCACCAAUUCCAAAGAACGUAAAGAUCUGAUAGGAACAGCCAAAGAAAUAAUUGGCGAGGAUGGUGUCAAGGGACUGUGGAAAGGAUUGAAACCAUCAUUAAUUUUGUGUGUUAACCCAGCGAUAACUUAUGGAGCUUUUGAAAGAUUUAAAGAUAUAUUGUCGAAACGAUUGAAUACUAGUACUUUAUCACCUGGUAUUGUUUUUUGGCAUAAAAGAAUUGAUUAUAAUAUUGUGAAAUAUAAUGGAGCAAUUGAUGUAUUAAAAAAAGUAUUAGAAACUGAUGGCAUCUUGGGUUGGUACAGGGGAAUGCAAGCUCAAAUUUCAAAAGCUGUUUUAUCACAAGCUUUAUUGUUUUAUGUAAAAGAGUAUACUACAAGAUAUACAAUAUUAUUAUUUGCGUUAAUUUCCAGAUUAAUAGCAAAACGAAGAAGUAUCAAAAAUUAA